AUGGGAGCUUCAGUUGUAUUAGUCUUGACUCGGCUUUUGUUUGUCCUUCAGAUUGUUGCAGUAAAGCAACUCGACAGAAAUGGAUAUCAAGGAAACCGGGAGUUCCUGGCAGAGGUUCUGACACUAAGUAUUGUUAACCAUCCGAACCUUGUCAAACUUUUGGGAUAUUGUGCUGAUGGCCAACAAAGAAUCUUAGUCUAUGAAUACAUGCCAAAUGGUAGCUUAGAAAAUCACCUUUUCGAAACUUGUGCUGAAAGACCCCCUCUUGAUUGGUAUAAGAGGAUGAAAAUUGCAAAAGGAGCUGCAGAAGGACUAGAGCAUUUGCAUGAUACCGCCAAUCCGCCAAUUAUAUUUCGGGACCUGAAAGCAUCAAACAUAUUAUUAGACAACGAUUUCAAUCCCAAGCUCUCUGAUUUCGGGCUUGCUAAACUAGGUCCAACAGGAGAGCAAGACCAUGUGUCUACAAGGGUGAUGGGCACUUAUGGCUAUUGUGCUCCAGAGUAUGCCAUGACAGGACAGUUGACAACUAAAUCUGAUAUGUAUAGCUUUGGAGUUGUUUUUCUGGAGAUCAUAUCAGGAAAAAGAGCUAUUGAUCCCUCUAAACCAAGUGAACAACAAAACCUGGUUGCAUGGGCAACCCCGCAAUUUAAGGAUAAAAGAAAGUUCAAAUUGAUCGCUGAUCCAUUACUGAAGGACAAAUAUCCAGUAAAGGGUCUUUAUCAAGCUCUAGCUGUGGCAUCAAUGUGUCUGCAACAAGAAGCUAAUACCAGACCCUUGAUUUCUGAUGUUGUCACUGCCCUCGAGUAUUUAUCCAUGGAAAAUUUUGGUGAAACUGACGAGAUAAUUACUACAGCAGAUUAUGAACUAGCUUCAGGAUUUGAGAUUACAGAUGAUGAUAACGAUUUUGUAGACUGCCCUACUUCAUCACCGGACACAACCCAGUGA